GGGAGCUGGAGGCGGCGAGAGUGGUGACGACGGCGAUUGUGAAUGGCGAGCCGCAGACGGCAGUGGAGCUGGUGGAGGGGGUCAACAGGCACCGGUUCGGCGAGGGGUUGGAGCCGGUGGAGCAGCUCUGGUUAGCCGGGCAGAUAAACACACACCUAGCGGAGUUGAAGGGGGUGCAAGAUGUGGAUUACGGGUCGCUGCCGCCGCCCGAACCACCCAAGAUCAUAAACGACGAUUCGUCUUCUUCUUCAUCAUCACUCACAAGCAGUACGACGGGCGAGCAGUACGACAGCGAUGCAUGGCGAUAGGGGCGCUGUCAACACACGUGUGUCAAGGCCCCCUUUGUAGAUCUUUAAGAAGAUAUCGUAGGCUCCUAGACACUGCUGCUGUGAGUGUGAGCGUGUGCAUGAGCGUGUGCCAGGCUGUGCUCCGACUGUUCUUUCCUUUGCAUGGCCCUCCUGUUCGGUCUACCGGACUGCUGUCUCGGUCUACCGGAGGACUAUGCAACGUGUAGGACUAACAACCAGAUCCAAAAUGAGAAAAGAGGAUUUGGUGUUUCUUAAAGAGGGUUACAUCGGCUCACGGACUCCGCCCCCAUCUCUGCACUCCUGCAUGCAAGGCUGAGCUGUGCAAGGCUGAGCUGUACCGGUAUGGUGUUGUACGCGCUCAAACAGCCACAGG